CGAUACGUUACAAAGACGUCUUUGUCAACACGUGACAUAAGCAGCGCUCACCAUCAAGUUGCUCGUUGGCAGCGGUUCCUACUUUUAUUCGUGAGCUGCAUGUGCACAGGCUCGGCUGGGGCUAGCUAAAUACUACAGUAUUCAUUAGUCACCCUUGGAAUCUCAAUUUUUGCACUGUAAUGGAACCGAUGCUAAGGGGGGCUUGCAUGAAGGACAUGAAGUGGUACGAGAUGCUCACUCCGCUCUACGAGCCGCUGGAAGAGAUAGACUACCAGUGCAACGCUUGCCCCCCACCUCCUCCCACACCCAUCGACCCCGCCGACACGCUGCCUGUGUUCACAGGAAGUCAGUACGCUGGCUCGGCUGACUACUUCAUCCGAGGGGACACUCUGAUGAAUAUGAAUUACAGAGCUCCGCUGCAUCUGGGUUACAUGCAGCCAGCUCACCUGAGCAUUGGACCAGGUGGUGAUGUCACCAAACAGUACCUGGAGAAUUAUCAGCCGUCACCCUAUGAGUGGCCUCUCAAUCACCCGCAUGCUCCAACUCCUCUGUUCCAUGAAAAAGCCAUGUUGAUAUUGCCAGAGGGAGCAAAGUUGCCUCCUACAGAAAUGCCGAGCCUUACAGAUCCCAUCUCCCCCUCAAGAAAGGUCCCGACAUCCAAUAAAAGGAAAAAUGAAAGCCAGGAGGAGGAAGAGAAAGUUUACAUUAAAAAGCCGCCCAACGCGUUUAUGAUAUUCCGGAAGGAGCAGCGGGAGAAUGUGAUGGCACAGUUGAACAUCCGCGACAGUGCUGUGGCCAAUAAAGUCUUGGGUCACAUGCGCUGUGGAGGAAUUUGGGCCCCGUCAUCUUUUGAGAAUUGUUGUAAUUCAGCCAUAUUGGAGAGUUCUCAAGAACCGCCUUUUGAGGUCAUGCCACAGCAUCUAAGUAGGAUGAAGGUUAAGAGUUCAAGUAGGCCACUCCAAUGUCUUCAUUUUGGUUAUUUUUCAGCCAUUCAGAGGUGGAUUUGGUGGCACGUUUUGGAUCAUUGACCUGCUACAGAACCAGUUUGUUUCAGCUUGAGGUCACAAACUGAUAGCCGGGCAUUCUCCUCAAGGAUUUUUGGGUAGACAGCAGAGUUCAUGGGUGAUUUACCACAGCAGGUCUUCCAGGUCCUGAAGAAGCAAAUCAGCCUCAAGCCAUUACACAACCACCACCACCACCACCACCAUGGGAUAGUUUUCAUGGGAAGGUUCACCCACUGUUUUUUUAAUCAGCAUUUAUGGAUCUCUCACUGUCGUUUGAGAGAGUCCCAAAGAUUUACAAAUCACUUUAUAACAUUUUCCAAACUACUAGUAUGACAAGUAUGACAGACGUGCAAGGAAAUAAAAAAUCAGGAAGUGGGCAACCACUGUCACACCACUGUACAGUACAUUUCCCUUUAGAGAAAACUGUUGUACCAAACAAACCAGAAAGCUAGGAAGAGAAAAAUUGCAUUGUUUUAUUUUUUGAGCAAACGCAUAAAAAUUGAUUACUGAUCCUGGAUUUCCUAUUCUUUGACCCCUUUCACUGGCUUGCUGUCAGUCAGGAAAGAUCAUUGUGAGCUGUUAGUGUGUGGGCUCUUUCAACACAGAUCAGCACAGAAAUAGGUCUGUUCAAUAUUUCCGAUUGCAAAUCCUCAUGCCUGGUCAACAUGGAGAUUGAGAAAGAAAGGUAGGCAGACGACAACCCCAUGGGCCGUCCUUCGCUCACUUUUCUAUCACAAUAAACAUCGCACAUGGACACCUUAUAAACAAGUUUAAAAACAAUAAGAAACUUACACAAAAAAGGCACCUUAUAAACACC